UCCUAAAGACAUUACAAAUGUAACCUUCCAUCUUUCAUAUCCCUUAUUUGCAUCAUGCUCGGAUGACUGCAUGGCAUAUGUUUUUCAUGGCAUGGUUUAUGCUGAACUUAACCAGAAUCCUCUUAUUGUACCCUUGGAAAUUCUAAGAGGGCAUACAACUUCAAAUGGAAGAGGAGUUUUGGACUGUAAGCUCCAUCCAAGACAGCCAUGGCUAUUCACUGCUGGUUCUGAUUCAUUGAUCAAACUGUAUUGCCAUUGAAAUAAUUAGGAAGGAACAUUAAUUAAUUUUGCCUUGAAAGGUUAUCAACUCAACAUAAGGGGGAAUUAGGAUCUUCUGCAUGCUGAUUUUUGACUUGAGUGUAACAUAUACUGUGACCAAUAUUCUGGCCUACUGUCUCGUUUUGUUUUCUUUUAUUAGUAGUUUUGUAACCGAUUUCAGAAUGCUGUGGGUGGAAAGAGUAUGAAUUCUGUAAUGACAAUUUAUUGUACCAAAAACUCUCAAAUGAUUCUAAUAGCAAAGAACUAUUCACA